ACUACUUAGCUCGGCUCGUUCACACUAAUCUAAAGAGCCGCAUUGAAGUUUGUUUAUGUUUAGGAAUUCUUUUAAAGAUCAGUGAAAGUAUGUCCACUGCGAACGUGUCCACCCACUACAUUUCCGAGAAGGUUGCCCGGGUGCGCUGGCUGCCGGAGCAACUGCAGCAAAGCGAACGAUUUAUUACCGGCAGUUGGGACAUGGACAGGAACUUUGUGCGCCUCUGGAGGCUCCAGGCCAACCAAUGUGCCACCGCGUCGGAGUCAGAGAAUGUGGACCAGAUGCCGCGCUGCAUGGACAAGGUGGCAAUGGAGGACGACGUGACUGGCAUGGAGUUCGUAGACAAGGACACGCUGGCUGUUAGCUGUGCAGAUGGUCAUCUUAGUGUGAUUAACGUUCAACGAGCCGUCGAAGAGGACCAAUUGCAGCGCAAGGCUCGUUCCGAAAGACUGCACUGCUUCCAGCGCAGUGGAGAGUCGGCUCCCUGCACCGACAUCUCAGUCUAUGGCACGGAUAUCGCCACCGCUGGCGAAGAUGGAUGUGUGAACAUUGUCUCUGUAGGAAAUGUGCGCCAGGUGAAGCGCAAAAUAGAGGCGGAGAGCAUGGCGCUAUUCUCGAUUUGCUAUAUCAGCCAGCAGGAGUUGGUCACUGCCAACCGGAUGGGGGUAAUCCGAAUGCUGGAUGCCCGUGUGGCCACCGAAGCGCAGCCUAAAACCACUUUCAUGGUGGCUUCACAGGAUGACAAGUCUUCGAACUUCGCUUCAGCACUUGCCACGCAUCCCAUGCAGCAGCACAUUCUUCUCUGUGGCAGUGAGGAAGGCUCCAUAACAGUGUGGGAUCUGCGCAACCUUAACUAUCCCGCCUCCUAUCUCAGCGCCCACAAAAGUCCCAUCAACGAGAUCGGCUUUCAUCGCAAGGAUCCCAGCAAACUCUUCACCGCCGCUGAGGGUGGGGAGGUAUGGAUGUGGUCGGAAAACAAAGUCCUCGGAAGCGAGCUAGUUGGACAGAGCCCCUGGUUGUCUGGCGAUCGAGUUCGAUCCCUGGUCGAUGUGGAGGGCGUGCUGAGCAACAUCCGCAAGGCCGUGAACUCGUUUGAUGUCCACGGAAGCCGUUUGGUCUGCGGCGGCGAUACGGAAGCCGUUUAUCUAGUUGAUAACAUCGCCUGAAGAUGAAGAUUUGUACUUGCUUUUCGUAUAAUAUAAAGUUUUUCACUUGUUAUAGAAAAAAUGU